AUGAGCCUCCGUCUGCCUCACCGCCGGCGUGGGGGCAAAUUCGCCACCAUCAUCAGCGCCUACGCUCCGCCGAUGAGCUGCCCCGACGCCGCCGCAAGAGACAAAUUCUACGAGGAUCUGCACGCCCUCUUGGCGACUGUGUCGAAGACGGAAAAGUUUAUUGUCCUUGAUGACAUAAACGCCCGCGUCGGAACAGACCAUACUGCCUGGAGGGGAGUGCUGGGUCCCCACGGUCUCCGCGGCACCAAAGACAACGGCCUGCUGCUUCUUCGCACCUGCGCAGAACACCGCCUUAUCCUGACGAACACGUUCUUCUGUCUGCCGGAGCGAGAGAAGGCCACCUGGAGGCAUCCUCGGUCGCGUCAGUGGCACCUGCUGGACUAUGUCCUCGUCCGAAGGCGUGACCAGCGGGACGUGCUGGUGACGAAGGCGAUCGCGGGUGCUGACGGGUGGACCGACCAUCGCCUCGUCAUCUCGAAGAUGCGUAUUCGCCUACAGCCUCGCAGAAGACCACAAGGUAAGCGACCCCCAGGUAAGCUGAAUGUUGCCUUGUUGUCUUUGCCCGCACAUCACCUUCAUUUCAGCAAUGAGCUAGCUCAACGGCUAAACAACCUCCCCAUUGCCGAUGCUGCCGCUGCCGAGAACGCCUCCGUGGAGAACCGCUGGUGUCAACUGCGGAACACGGUCCAGUCGACGGCGCUCGCCGUCCUCGGUCGCGCUCCCCGUCAACACCAGGACUGGUUCGACGACAACGACGCCGCAAUCAGAAAUCUGCUUGCUGAGAAGAACCGCCUACACAAAGCCUACGUAGAUCACCCCACUGAGGACAACAAAGAUGUCUUCUACCGUAGUCGCCGACAGCUUCAGCAACAACUGCGCGAGAUGCAGGACGCCUGGACUGCUCGCAAAGCUGAGGAGAUCCAAUGCUACGCGGACCGCAACGAAUGGAAGAACUUCUUCUCUGCGAUCAAAGCGGUCUACGGUCCGCCAACGAAGGACACUGCUCCUCUCCUCAGCGCCGACAGCAGCACUCUCCUGACUGAAAAGACGCAAAUCCUACAGCGAUGGGCCGAGCACUUCCGAGGCGUCCUCAAACGCCCUUCCGUCAUCUCCGACGCCGCCAUCGCCCGCUUGCCGCAAGUGGCGACCAACGCGGAACUAGACCUCCCACCAACUCUCCGGGAAACUAUCAGGGCCGUGCAGCAGCUCUCUAGCCGGAAAGCACCCGGAUCGGACGCGAUCCCUGCUAAGGUCUACAAGCACGGAGGUCCCCUACUGAUGGAUCACCUGACUGCGCUCUUCCAGGAAAUGUGA